GAGGCCGACUGUGUCACACGGUCACACUGUCAAGAAAACAUCAGACACACCUGAAGGCAGCGCUGCUCCCAUCCUACGUGAAUGCAGCAUAAACUGUUGAGGUGAUCCAUGGCAACAGAGAGGAGCAGCAACCAACCGCCGGAGCCUGCUGCUGUCCUGCUCACACUCCUUCUUCUCUCUCACACACCUUCAAUCUCUACACACUCUCCGUCAAAUGUAGCCGGAAUGAACCGAGGAGGAAUCACUCUUGACGGCUACCGUUGAGAACAUUUUCGGUACAUCAAGGUGACCGACCAGGGAGAGCCAGAAGACAGCGGCAGGUGACCGCAGACAGGACCCGCAGCUCGGACCGUUGACAACGGACACAUUUAUUUUUUUGAAUCUGGCAGCUAACGGUUCUGGAGCUUUAAAUUCGGUGCACUAGUCCAACCUCCAAGCAAAAAUGAAACCAAUUUGUAACAGUUUGUGGGCUAAAAGGGCUUCAUAUAUUUGAUUUAAUUCAUCCCAGUCCACCUCCACCUGCUCCACCUCCCUUAUAGCACCGUCCAGUUUAUCAUUACAUCCAUAUAUCUCUCUCUUUAAGCAUCUGAAAUCGUUGUGAAGAUGGCGACUGGGUCGGGUUGGCAGCAGUAUUACUGCCCUGCCGGUCAGGGGAAAUUCAGUUCAUCCACAGGAACCAGCAUGUCCUUCCAGACCGGCAUCACCAUGGAAUAUACCCAAGACCUGCACCUGAAGAUGAGCAAGAAAAUAGCACAGCUAACAAAGGUUAUCUAUGCACUGAACACGAAAAACGACGAGCACGAGGCGGCCAUCGCCACUCUGAAGGAGGCCCAUGAGGAGGAGGUGCAGCAGAUUCUGUCCGAGACCAGAGAGAAGAUACUACAGGUCUUUACAUUUAAUUACAAGAGCAAGAUCAGCGAUGAGAUGGACCUGAAGAGGCGGAUCCAGUCUCUGGAGGAGUCCAUGGAGCUCCAUGAUAGGAUGAAGAGGCAGGCGCUGGCCGAGUUCGAGAGCUACCGUCAGAGGGUGGAGGACAUGCAGCUUUGCACCGAGGCUCAGCACACGCAGCGCGUGGUGUCCAUGUCGAGGGAGGUGGAGGAGAUGCGGCGGUCCUUCGAGGAGAAGCUGCGUACGUUCGGCCAGGCCCAGACCCAGUUUGAGCAGGAGAAGAGGGUCGCUCUGGAGGACCUGAAGGGCCAGCACAGGCAGGAGGUCCAGGAGCUCCUCCUUAGCCACCAGAGCCACAACGCAAACUACAGUAAAGACCAGGAGAAACUGGGGCAUCUCCAUAAAGCCGAGGUGGAAUCUCUGACGGAGCGGGUGGAGGAACUCAAACAGGACAAGAAGAGACUGGUGGAGGAGUACGAGGCCAAACUCAGCAAGGCUCAGGCCUUUUACGAGCGCGAGCUGGAGGCCAUGAAGAGAACUCAGCAGCUGACUGCCGACAACCUGUUGGCAUGGAAACGCACUGAGUCCGAGCUGCGGCGGGAAUUCCAGACUCAGGAGGCGGCGCUCCAGAAAACCCUGGGAAAACUGAGGACCGAGUUGGCCAGGGUAACGAAUGAAGCCCGGGAAAACCGGGAGAAGUCCCACAAGCUCCAGGCGUCGCUCAACACCGCUGACAGGGACGUCAAGGACUUAACCAAGCAGCUGGACGAGGUGACCCAGAACUCAGAAAUCGUGGAGAUCCGUCAGAAGGAAGCCGAGUGUGAACUAGAGGCAGCCAGAGACCGAGUUCAGCAGCAAGCAACCGAAAUACUGCUCAAAGCCAGUCAGAUAAGCAGCCUGCAGGCCACCCAGAUGACCCAGGAGGCAGCCAUCAGGGACCUGGACAACGAGCGGAGCCGGCUGAAGGACAAAGUGCUGAGGAUGGAAGAAGAAAGGGAGUCCCUGCAGAGCCAGAGCCAGGCACUGGACGAAAGACAGAGACAACAGCUCCAGUCCCUGGAGAAGACCCUGCGUGAGGAGAAGAUGUCCCACGAGAAGGACAUGAACAAUAUGCAGGCUCGGUCCGAAGACGAGGCCAGCCAGAUGAAGGAGGGCCAGGCUCGAGCUCUGGAGGAAGUCGCCAAGAAACACAGAGUGACCCUGGAGAACGCUCUCAACAACGCCGAGAAGGAGAAGAACCGCAUGCUGGCCGAGCUGGAGCAGCAGUUUGAGAGGGAGCGCCUCGCGCUGGAGGAGCAGAAGACGAUUCUCAGGCAGCAGCUGGACGAGCUGAGUGAGGAGCUCACCGCCAAACUCACUGCCGCCAGUCAGGAGGUGGUGCGGCUGCAGGAGGAGGUGCAGCAGGGCGAGCAGGACGUGGGGACAGCUGAGGUACAGAUCUGCACAAUGAAGGAGGCGCAGGACAAACUGCUGGAGGAGCUGGAUGCUACCAGGGCCCGACUGAGAGAGACCAGCAACCUGCUGACUGCACUGCAGGGGGAGUUGGAGAUCCAAAAGCGUCAGCAUGAAGCCAAACUCAUCACCACCAAAGAAGAAGAAAAACUUAAGAUGGACAAGAUGGCUCUGGAGCUGGAGCUCAAAUGGACCGAAACACUCAGGCAGGAGUGUAAGAAGCUACGGGAGGAGCUGAGAGAGGACCACGAGGAGGACAAGGCCUCAGCGCUGAGUCAGCUGGCACAAAGCAAGGAGCAGGAAAUGAGCAGCGCCAGGGAGAGCUGGCAGAGGAAAGUGGAGGACCUGCUGGAACAGAUCUCCCUGUUGAAGCAGAGCCUGGAGAUGCAGCUGUCCCAGUCGCAGUCGUCGCUGCAGCAGCUGCAGCACCAGUUCAGCCAGGAGAGGGAGCACCUGAGGAUGCAGCUGGACGAGCUGCAGACGGAGCACCAGCGGCGACAGCAGCGUCUGCAGGAGGUGCACUGCUGCUCCAUGCAGGACAUGGAGCACGCCCGGAAGAGAGACCUGAAGGAGUUGGAGGAGCGUCUCCGCCAUCAUCACCAUGCAGAGCUGCAGUCUCUCAGAGAGGCUCACCGCCAGAGCAUCGAGACGCUCAAACAGCAGUCAGAACAAGAGCUGCAAACACUCCGCUUUGAACUGGAGGACGAGGGCAAAGCCAUGCUGGCCUCUCUGCGAUCAGAGUUGAACCACAUCCACGCGUCAGCCAUCGAACACCUGAGACAAACCCACCAACAGGAGUCAGCUGCUGCCAAGCUGGAGCUAGAGAAAACACUUGAGAACAACCGGAUACAGGAGCGUGAGCUGUUGGGCCGGAUCACUGAGCUGCAGGAGGAGGUCUCCAGGAGGAAGAACCACAUCGCUCAGCUGGACCACCAGAUCCACACACUCAACGAGAACAUCAGCACUCUGACUAAAGAGCUGGAGCUCAAGGGCAAGGAGGUGCUCAAGAUCCGCAGCGAAGCCAAUCAGCAGAUCAGGGCUCACGAACAAGAGUUGACGAAGAGGCACGAGAGGGAACUCGCCGAAAUGAGCGCCGUCCACAGCAGAGAGACGCAGAACAUGCUGUCAGACUUCAACAAAGCCCAGGAAGUGCUCAAAGACAAGAUCUCCGCCCUCCAGAUACUGCUGGAAGGAACAGAGGACAAGUUCAGGAACAGGGAGAGUCGUCCUGAGGAUCUGCAGAUCAUCGCUGAGCUGAAAGACAUGGUGUCUGAGAGGGAAUCUCUCGUCAAGAAACUGGUGUCCCGCGAGUCUUCAGUCAGCUCACAUGGUUUUCUCCUCCAGGACGAUAAGAAGUUCUAUCAACUGGAGCUCGUCAAUAGGGAGACCAACUUCAACAAAGUGUUCAACGCCAGUCCCAACGUAGGAGUUAUCAACCCGCUCAUUAAGCAAAAGAAAAAGAAUGAGAAAACAGCAGCCAGCAGAUUCAGCAGCUCUCCUAAUGUCAGGGCUCUGGAGGCAGCGGGUAUGGGCGUGGGCGUGGCGGGUUCAGGAAGUGGGCAGCCCCCACUGCCGCCACCCCCGCCCCCAGCCCAGCCCAGCCGCCUAGAGCCCCUCCCCAACUCCCCCCUCCACCACCUUGAACUCAACUCCAACAAACCUCUUCCCCCGCCGACCCCUCCCACCGAACCCAAGAAAUUCAUGAGCAUGUUGCACACGCUGCACUUUUUCCUCCUCAACUCCAAGCGGGAUUUUGUACAAUUUUGCUACCCCUCCUGAAACGAAGGACUCCACCAUCGACUCCCCGGACGCCCAGCGCCAAGAGUGGUUCGCUCAAUACUUCUCCUUUUGAUUGACCACAACAAACCUGCAAACACAAGGAUUCAGCAUGUCAACUUAAAGAGAAAAAAAAACAGAAAAAAAGAGAAAAAACUAUUUGUUCUUUAUCGUCAUUGAUUGGUUUGGGGGAUCAAUUCACUUUAAAUUCAGUCAACCGAAGCUGUAAUUCAUGACUCGAUGUCAUUCAUUCGGUAAACAUUGUAAUGAUCAUCCACUUCCUGUUGUUGACUGAGGUGAAACUGAAUUGAACCCUGAAUCCUGACUGUCAAAUGUCAUCACUCUGAUCUGAUUUGAUUGUUUGAUUCUCUCUGAUUGUUUCACUGUGGACGAGUUUCUCUCUUAGUACAGUGACAAUGAUCAUCAGUAUGUUUGAUGUUUAUUUCAUUUCUUUACUUCCUAACUUAUUUUGCAGUUUCUUGGAACUAGAAAAAAAUAUGAGUGGUGCAUUAUCAUGCUGCUAAUUGCCAUCGUUGGACUACAGUAAGAAAUAUAAAUAUAUAUAAAGAAAUAUACAGUAGGUUAUUGUGCUCUCUCUGUACGUGGGCCCACUGCAUACAGCAUCUUAGACUAGGAGCGCUGAUCUAAGGCCAGUUUGCCUCCUCAUUUAUGGUGACAUUUACAUGGAACCUGAUCCUAGAUCAGUUACACUUCUCUGAUAUGCUCCAUGAAUACAGGCUCUGAUUUUAGGACGGCACCAUCAUGGCAAGUUUGUUACAGCUGCAUAGCAGAUUUUGGUAGAAUAUUAAAACCUGUUUGUAUGGUUGUCUGUCUCAACACAGAUAUAAUGAUGUCUCACCAAUUUUAAAAACAAAAAUAGCAUAUUUUAUAUUUAUAUUAUAAUGUGUAUGCUUAAUAAAUAAUUAUUGUGACAUUUA